GAAGCUAUUGAGAAACAAUCCUUUCUUAAGUCUAUAAAGAGGAUUAAUAAGGGAGAUGUGAAGAAAGGAUUUGAAGAAUCUGAUCACAUUUUGGAAGGAGAGAUGUACAUUGGUGGGCAGGAGCAUUUCUAUCUGGAAACUCACUGUACUGUGGCUGUGCCAAAGGGGGAAGAUGGUGAGAUGGAACUGUUCGUGUCGACCCAAAACCUAAUGAAGACACAGGAGUUUGCUGCUAAUGCAUUGGGAGUCCCUUCAAAUCGGGUUGUGGUUCGAGUGAAAAGAAUGGGAGGAGGAUUUGGAGGAAAAGAGACUAGGAGUACUAUUUUGUCAACUGUAGUGGCUGUCGCAGCCUUCAAAACUGGCCGCCCAGUAAGGUGCAUGCUGGAUCGAGAUGAGGACAUGCUGAUAAGUGGUGGGAGGCAUCCCUUCCUGGGGAGGUACAAGGUUGGUUUCAUGAAGAAUGGGAAAGUCAAGAGUCUGGAGGUGUCAUACUACAGCAAUGGAGGCAACUCUGUAGACCUGUCUUAUGGUAUUAUGGACAGAGCCCUGUUACAUUUGGAUAACUCCUACAACAUCCCCAACAUCAGAAGCAUGGGCAUUGUUUGCAAGACCAACUUGCCUUCCAACACAGCCUUCCGUGGCUUUGGAGGGCCCCAAGGAAUGAUGAUUGCUGAGUGCUGGAUGAGCGACCUUGCUCAGAAGUGUGGUCUGCCACCUGAGGAGGUGCGGAAGCUCAAUCUUUAUAAUGAGGGAGACCUGACUCAUUUUAACCAAAAGCUGGAGGGAUUUACUCUACGACGAUGCUGGGAUGAAUGUAUGUCAAGCUCUAACUAUCAUGCCAGGAAGAAACUAAUUGAAGAAUUCAACAAGCAGAAUCGUUGGAAGAAGAGAGGAAUGUGCAUUAUUCCUACCAAAUUUGGCAUCAGUUUCACUGUCCCAUUUCUGAACCAGGCUGGAGCUCUGGUCCAUGUGUAUACAGAUGGCUCUGUGUUACUUACACAUGGUGGGACUGAGAUGGGUCAAGGACUUCACACCAAAAUGAUCCAGGUUGCUAGCAGAUCACUGGGAAUCCCCACCUCCAAGAUUUACAUCAGUGAAACCAGCACAAACACUGUCCCAAAUACCUCCCCGACCGCCGCAUCUGUCAGUGCAGACAUCAAUGGAAUGGCCAUCCACAAUGCGUGUCAGACUAUCUUAAAAAGACUUGAGCCAAUCAAACAGUCUAAUCCCAAAGGAUCCUGGGAAGACUGGAUUAACGCUGCCUAUGAGAACUGUGUUAGCCUGUCAGCCACGGGGUUUUAUAGAAUUCCUGACCUUGGCUACGACUUUGAAAAGAAUGAAGGGAAACCAUUCUGCUACUUCAGUUAUGGCGUUGCUUGCUCCGAGGUUGAGAUAGAUUGCCUGACAGGUGACCACAAGAACAUUCGCACAGACAUUGUUAUGGAUGUUGGUACCAGUCUGAACCCAGCCAUAGAUAUAGGACAGGUAGAAGGAGCGUUUGUCCAAGGCCUUGGACUUUUCACCAUAGAGGAGCUGCGCUAUUCUCCUGAAGGGAAUUUGUACACUCGAGGGCCUGGAAUGUACAAAAUCCCAGCGUUUGGAGACAUCCCAACAGAAUUCUAUGUGUCUCUUCUCCGUGACUGUCCAAACAGCAAGGCGGUUUAUUCAUCCAAGGCUGUGGGAGAGCCACCUCUGUUCCUGUCUGCCUCAGUGUUUUAUGCCAUUAAAGAUGCCAUCUACUCAGCGAGGAAGGACUCUGGCCUGACUGAACCAUUCAGGCUGGACAGCCCUGCCACCCCAGAGAGGAUCCGCAAUGCUUGUGUGGACAUCUUCACCAAAAUGUGCCCGUCUGCUGAGCCAGGGACAUUUAAACCAUGGUCUGUGCGUGUGUAAAAGGGACGUUUGAGGAGCAAACUCUCCUCGUGAAACUGAGCUUACACCAGAGGGACCACAAGGAAGUAGGACUGUAAUGGAAAAAAAAAUAAAUCUGUGUUCAUAUGGUUCAUCCACUGAUUCAUGGAGCUUUCGCAUUUAAUUGUCCAAUCAUUGCUUUCUCUAGGAGAGGGAAUUGCUGCCAGAUUAUAGCUGUGCUGUAAAUUCAAAUGAAGAGUAAGUAGAAGGUGAUGUUAUCCAAGUGUAAUUGAAAAAUCUUACAGGUUUCAUUUAAAAUUGCUGCAAGGAUGG